AUGCUGGUGAAGUUCAACAUGAUGGACUGUAAACCCAAGACAACUCCAUGUGAUCCCGGCGCUGACAAAGAAAGAGAGACAACUGCAAUUGAACUGGGCGAUCCCAGACUCUACAGAGUGAUUGUUGGAAGUCUGAUCUAUAUUAUGACUGCUACGAGACCAGACCUGUGUUAUAUUGUGACCAAAUUGUCACAGUAUAUGGCUAAACCCACAACAACACAGUUGGGCAUGGCAAAACACACUCUGAGGUAUAUCAAAGGUACAGCUGAACAAGGACUGACGUUUGUAAAAUCAUGUGAUCCUCUACAACUUGUGGGAUUCUGUGAUGCUGACUGGGGUUCAUCUGCAGACAGGAGAAGCAUCACUGGCUACGGAUUCCAGUUGAAAGAUAAUGGACCCUUGAUAUCCUGGAAAAGCAAGAAGCAGACGACUGUGGCAUUGUCAACGUGCGAGGCAGAGUACAUGGCAAUGGCUGCAGCAAUAUAA